UCCCAGAGGCAGAGCCGGUGCGGUGCCGCCCAUGCCCGUUAGGGGCGCGGCGCAGCGCAGGGAGGCCCGGCUGCUGCUCCUUCCCCCGGACCCGGAGCGGCGCGCGGCUCGCUGCAGCAUGUGGGGCUCGCGGGCCGGCCGGGGGCCGCGAUGGCGCCAGCUCCGAGCGAUCGCACCCGGCGGGGCCCAGCGGUGGAGCGCUGCGAGCGGCGGCGGGGUGGAGGCCGGCGCGGGCGAUCUGCUGCCGGGCGGCUCCUGGAGCCGGGCCCUGCACGGGUCCGCCGCCCUCUGCGGCUCCAAGAACCUGCUCAAGAAAUUCGCCUCGAAAACCAAAAAGAAGUUUUGGUAUGACAGUCCUACAGUGGGGUCUCAUCUGGUGUACAAGCCAUCCAAGUUGGCCACUAUACUAAAGGCUACUCAGCAGAAAACUAGGAAAGAAGACAGCAUACGCAAAAAGGUCCUAAAUAUCCUCUUGUAUAAAGCUGUGACAGACUUGAUGUGCACCUGUGAAGUAAGUCAAGAGGUUUGUGACCUCAAGCUGGAACUCACCAAGGUAUCCCUGUCACCAGACUUUUCAGCAUGUCGUGUGUACUGGAACCCUGCUGAAAGUGCAGAGGAGGAUGAUCGUAUUGAAAGUAUUUUACAGAAAAGUGCCCCACGUAUAAGACAUCUUUUGAUUACCAAUCAGGUUCUGAGAACUGUUCCUCCAAUCGUGUUUGUUAAAGACAAAGAAGCUGCAGCUAUAAAAGAGAUUGAUAGGUUAUUGGCAAUUGCUGAUUUUGGACCUCAGGGAGAAAAAGACACUUUGGCUGAAAACGACUUUAGUGAAUCAAAGUCUUCUGCAUCAUCUUCUGACAUGGCAGCUUCGUCCAUCCCAGCUGAUCUUUUUGGGAUCGAUCAUGAAGUGCUCAAUAAGCAAAUAAUGGAGUACAAAAAAAUGAAAAAGGUGAAGGACACAGAAGGCAUUGGGUGGGCAGAACAGCAGCAGAUGCAGCUGGCUGAGAUACAAAAGCAAAAGAAAAUGAAAAAGAAGAAAAUAAGGAAUCCCUUUGAGAAUGAUAUCACACCACAGAAAUAUCUGCUGGACAAAUAUAGUGAAGAUUCUUUGGAUGAUGACAUUGCACCUUCUCAAGAUAGUGACCUGGAGUAUGAAUUACAGGAAGCGAUAGAUGAACUAGAGGUAGAUGAUGACAGAAAUCCAUCUACUACCAAACUUAAGUGAAAUUAAAAAGCUUAAAAAAAAAACAAAAAACCAACAGUUGGUAAUGAAUUAUAUUAGAGUAACCACAGAAUUACAACUUCUGUGCUGCUUAUUUACCACCUCCUUUCCAUCUUCUCCAAAAUAUGUGGAAGUGAAUCAAGUACUACAAGUUUUCAUGGGAAAAUAAUUUUUAAAAUCCUGCUUAUAAUAAAUCUGAGAAGAUGAGCUCUUCUGAACUAAAAUAAUUAAGAAAUAUUAUGGUUGUCAAAAGUAAAAUACCCUUAUCAGCUUUAGACUGAGAUGAAACUUCUUGUAAAUACAUUAUGUACCACCCAAAAAGCUUAUUACCUAUGCCUUUAUAUAAGUGCAAGGAACUGUCAAAAAUGAAAAUAUUUCAAAAAACUUGAUUAUAGUAGAAACAUGCUAAACUACAUUUCAGUAUCCUGCAAACUUUGUAUAUGCACAAAAAUGUGCUUUCCUUACUUCUCAAAGAUUUAAUAGAGUGCUUUGUGCUGUGAUCUCAUAUUACUAAAGCUUAUUUUUACAAACUA